AUGGUUAAAUUAUUCUCUUCUCAUGUUGGAAGUAAAAUUAUUGUUGGUCUUAUUGUUAUGAUUGUUACAUUAAGUUUUGGUUUUAUUGUUCUUGCUGAUGCUUUGUUAUUAAUUAAGGUUCACCGAUUAUAUCGGCAAUCCGGUGCUACACUUGAACAAGCUCAACGAGAGUUUCAAUCGGCUUUUGUAAACAAUCCAACUGUACGUGGAGCAGCCCGUGAAGCAGCUACAGCUGGUAUUAAUGAAACACUACGUAGUAGUAGUUACAAAUAA